ACUUCUCCGUGUCCGAGUUGCCUAGUCGCGGCUACGGCGUCAUGGAGGAGAUCCGGCGGCAAGGCAAACUGUGCGACGUGACGCUGAAGUUGAAGCUGAGGAUGCUUAGCUGCUUGCAGAAUGGCAGGCCAGAGGAGACCGUGUUGGCUCCUGUGUUCCAGUGGACCUGACCGGCUGUGUUCAGGGCCGUGAAGAUUGGGGACCACAAAUUCAGUGCCCACCGGAUCGUCUUAGCAGCUUCAAUCCCGUACUUCCACGCUAUGUUUACAAAUGACAUGAUGGAGUGCAAGCAGGAUGAGAUUGUAAUGCAAGGAAUGGACCCCAGCGCCCUGGAGGCUCUGAUCAACUUUGCCUACAACGGCCACCUUGCCAUUGACCAGCAGAACGUGCAGUCGUUGCUGAUGGGGGCGAGCUUCCUGCAGCUGCAGAGCAUCAAGGACGCCUGCUGCACAUUCCUUCGAGAACGUCUCCACCCCAAAAAUUGCCUGGGUGUCCGCCAGUUUGCUGAGACCAUGAUGUGCGCUGUGCUGUACGACGCAGCCAACAGCUUCAUCCACCAGCACUUUGUGGAGGUGUCCAUGUCGGAAGAAUUCCUGGCCCUGCCCUUGGAAGAUGUGCUUGAGCUGGUGUCUCGGGAUGAGCUGAAUGUAAAGUCAGAGGAGCAGGUCUUUGAAGCUGCGUUGGCCUGGGUCAGAUAUGACCGGGAGCAGAGGGGGCCCUGCCUGCCCGAGCUGUUGUCCAAUAUCCGCCUGCCCCUCUGCCGGCCCCAGUUCCUGUCAGACCGCGUGCAGCAGGAUGACCUGGUGCGUUCCUGCCACAAAUGCAGGGACCUGGUAGACGAAGCAAAGGACUAUCACCUCAUGCCGGAGCGCCGGCCCCACCUGCCGGCUUUCAGAACUCGGCCUCGCUGCUGCACGUCCAUCACGGGCCUUAUCUAUGCCGUGGGGGGCCUCAACUCAGCAGCAAAUUUUUAUGCAGGUGAUUCCCUGAAUGUGGUGGAAGUGUUCGACCCCAUCGCCAAUCGCUGGGAGAAGUGCCAUCCCAUGACAACAGCCCGCAGCCGCGUCGGUGUGGCUGUGGUGAACGGGCUUCUCUAUGCCAUUGGGGGGUAUGACGGCCAGCUACGGCUGAGCACUGUGGAGGUCUACAACCCAGAGACGGACACGUGGACCAGAGUGCGGAGCAUGAAUAGCAAGAGAAGCGCCAUGGGGACGGUCGUGCUGGAUGGACAGAUCUACGUCUGUGGGGGCUAUGAUGGCAACUCUUCUCUCAGCUCUGUGGAGACCUACUCACCCGAGACAGACAAGUGGACAGUGGUGACCCCGAUGAGCUCAAGUCGCAGUGCUGCUGGGGUGACGGUGUUUGAGGGCAGGAUAUAUGUGUCAGGUGGCCACGACGGUCUGCAGAUCUUCAGCAGCGUGGAGCACUACAACCACCACACGGCCACCUGGCACCCAGCCGCCGGCAUGCUCAACAAGCGCUGUCGGCACGGAGCCGCCUCCCUGGGAAGCAAGAUGUUCGUCUGUGGGGGCUAUGACGGCUCUGGCUUCCUCAGCAUCGCGGAGAUGUACAGCUCCGUGGCCGACCAGUGGUGCCUGAUCGUCCCCAUGCACACACGCCGGAGCCGGGUUUCCCUGGUGGCCAGCUGUGGGCGCCUCUACGCCGUGGGGGGCUAUGAUGGACAGUCAAACCUCAGCUCAGUGGAGAUGUAUGACCCAGAGACAGACCGCUGGACGUUUAUGGCCCCCAUGGCAUGUCACGAGGGAGGGGUUGGUGUGGGCUGCAUCCCUCUCCUCACCAUCUAAGGCAGAGCGGGGGAUGUGGCGGGGUAGGGAUCUGGUACAAAUAUAGGCACUCCCUUCCAGGGACAGGCCAUCUUGGGAGAGGUGGGAGACCAGAAGAUGGGGUGAAUGUGAGCUCGCUGGAGGUACAGCUUUUCCAGGUGCUUACAUCCUCCCUCACCGCGCUGCGCUCGGGACCUUCAAGCCUAGGUCACCAAGGUGUACCACGUGGGGCAGAGCCCCUCUGUGUUCCGCAGCUGGUGACACAGGACUGCUUUGCUGGUCCACACGUACACAGGCUCCAUCCAAGCCCAGCUCCCACCUGCCACUUGCAGAAGGUCUGCCAUCUGACGCUCCUCCUCGCCUGCUGCUCUCCAGCCAUGGUGUGGCCAAUAUGCAGUGGGGUGGCUGCAGUGACCCACCCAGCCUGUUGGCAGCUGGGGUGCGGCUGGGGGAGGAAGGACGCGCUCGGGGUGUCCUCGUUGCCUGUGGUGGUGCCAUCACAGCACCGUGCUGCUUGCACACGAGCACCUCCCUCUUCCAUCCGAGGGCACAGAGGACUUGGUCCUCAUUGCUGGGUAACCAGGGAGAACAGAAGCUCUUCCUGUGUCGAGUUUUGGUAUUUCAGCGAGGUCUUUUCAUCUUGUUGAGGAGUAACAGAAGAAGAAGAAGAAGAAGAAGGAAAAGAAGAAAGAUACUUGAAAGAAUCCGAAGGAAAUUGAAAUAAAGAA